UCUCCCGCAGAUUUUUUGCCUUCUUCAGCUCCUUCUUCCUCUUUCUCCGAUUCUCCCUAAUCCACCAUGAACGAGAAAGCCAAUGUCUCUAAGGAGCUUAAUGCCCGCCAUAGAAAGAUUCUUGAAGGGCUUCUUAAACACCCAGAGAACAGAGAAUGUGCUGACUGCAAAACUAAAGGUCCAAGAUGGGCUAGUGUUAAUUUAGGUAUCUUUAUCUGUAUGCAAUGUUCUGGGAUCCACAGGAGUCUCGGGGUACACAUAUCUAAGGUUCGAUCUGCCACGCUGGACACAUGGCUCCCGGAGCAGGUUGCAUUUAUUCAGUCAAUGGGAAACGAGAGAGCAAAUAGUUACUGGGAAGCUGAGCUGCCCCCAAACUAUGAUAGAGUUGGUAUUGAGAACUUCAUACGUGCAAAGUAUGAAGAGAAGAGAUGGGUUUCUAGAGGUGAAAAGGCUAGAUCACCCCCAAGAGUCGAGCAGGAACGGCGGAGAUCUAUGGAAAGGACUGGGCCUGUCUAUGAGCAUGGGCACAGUAGUAGUCCUGUAAAUUUGUUUGAGGAAAAGAAAACUGUCCAAGCACCUAGAACAAGAAAUAGUGUUUCCGCAACGAGGAUAAGUCUUCCCGUGCCUCCACAAGGACCUGGUCAGGUUAUAAAGCCACAGCAGAAGACAGAAUCUGUAGCCGCUCCUGUGGAGACGACGAAACCAGCAGUAAAUGUUGCACCCGCAUCUGAGCCUCCAAAGGUGGAUUUUGCUACUGACCUCUUUAACAUGCUAUCAAUGGACGAGCCAAAUGCAAAAACCUCAGAGGCAGCUCCUGCUGAUGACAACUCAUGGGCUGGCUUUCAGUCGGCUGGAAACGGUCAAACGGCAGAGAAAAGUGUCACGCCAAAGGCUGAUGAGAGCAGUUCUCCUGCAGCUACUGGGAUCGAGGAUUUGUUUAAAGACACACCUACUUUAAUAACCCAACAAGCACCACAGAAAGAUGUGAAAGGCGAUAUCAUGAGCCUAUUUGAGAAGACAAAUAUCGUGUCGCCUUUUGCAAUGCAUCAGCAACAGGUUGCUAUGCUUGCUCAGCAGCAAGCCCUUUACAUGGCUGCAGCAGCAAAAGCUGCAGGAGGCACUCCAAACGGUGUAAAUCAGCAAGCUAUUGCUAAUGCUCUUAGCUUAGCAUCCGCAAAUUGGUCAAACACUGGCUACCAGGUCCCUGGAAUGACUAACCCAGGAGGUGGUCAAGCUGAUCUCCAGAAACUUAUGCAAAACAUGAACAUGAACGUGAGACCCGGACAACAGCAAGAGAACACUCUUCAAUAUCCAAUAUCCAGUGUCUACGGAACCGGUCAAGUUAAUCCCGCGACAAACGGUAUGACCCCAAACUCAACCGGUAAACCUCAAUCAUCAACUUCAGCGCAAACAACAAGUACCACACCAGCUUCUCAAUCAGGCAAAGACUUUGAUUUCUCUUCCUUGAUGGAUGGAAUGUUCACAAAGCAUUGAUCAACAGAGGCAAUUUUUCUGAAUUUGCCUCUUCCUUUUUUUUAUUAAAAAAAUUGUCUUAAAUAUGAAGACCUCAAGUAUAUACAAUCAUCUCUGGACAGUUUCUCUGUUAAACUUGUUUUUCUUUGAAACUGUGUUGUAGUUUGGGCUUUCAUUUACUCGAUUGCUGAAAGAGUAAUAGAUGCAAUUCUUGAGA